UAUGAUGAUGAGAGGUAUUUUAUUUAUGAUGCCACUUCAUUACUGUUUGAUUCAAUAAGAAUAAAUUCUAUAGAAUUAGUGAAGCCUGUUCAUGAACACUAAAUUAACAGCUUCCAUUGGCCAUGAGUCACCAAAAAUUGGAUUAAAGACUGGCUUCACAAUCUUACUGGUAUAGUUUAAAAAUAUAGAUUAUUCUACCUAUUAAUUAAUGAGAAAGUCUAGGUGGUAAAUGAAACAUUUUUACAAGCGAUGUCAUUGCGAUUGAAAUUUAUGUACAACUGACCUUUUAUUUUAUCUUUUUCCUUUCUUAAAAUUAUUUUGAAUAAGAAAGAAAAAGAAAAUAAGAUAAUGAUUCAUAGCUUAAUUAGACUGCUGCAUAUCUUAAGCUGGUGAUGCAUCUCAAGUAUAAUCCGAAUGUGGUUUUUCUUCUCCUCUCUUUUUCGUUUUCUUAUCUAAUGCGUCGUCCAUGGUUUUAAUUCAGAAUUUUUGCUUGAGUUUGCUAUUGAUUUGACCCAACAAGAGAAGCUACACUAGCGGUGACUGAAGUUUCGGAUUAAUAAAAGUUCCAAUUUUCUUGUAAUGAAUAAGUAAAUUACUAAAAUAUACUAAUCUGAAUUAUAUAUUGUAUAUGCAGCUGGUAGAUAAGGACCCUGAAGCUGCAAUUGUAUUCUUUUGGAAAGCAAUAAAUUCAGGGGAUAAAGUGGACAGUGCCUUGAAAGAUAUGGCGGUGGUGAUGAAACAGUUAGACAGAUCCGAAGAAGCAAUUGAAGCCAUUUGCUCAUUUAGAAGCCUCUGCCCCAAACAAUCUCAAGAAUCUCUUGAUAAUGUACUAAUAGAUCUGUACAAGAAAUGCGGAAAACUGGAUGAGCAAAUAGAAUUGCUGAAGCGUAAGCUGAAGUUGAUCUACCAAGGCGAGGCCUUCAAUGGAAAACUCACAAAGACAGCACGUUCUCAUGGCAAGAAGUUCCAAGUUUCAAUUAAGCAGGAAACUUCAAGACUACUGGGAAACCUAGGAUGGGCCUACAUGCAAAAGAUGAAUUACAUAAUGGCAGAGGUAGUUUAUCGGAAGGCCCAACUAAUUGAUCCAGAUUGUAACAAGGCUUGUAACUUGGGCCUGUGCCUCAUCAAACAAGCUCGUUAUGAAGAAGCCCAAUUAAUACUUAAUGAUGUUUUAGAAGGCAAAUUACCAGGCUCAGAUGAUGGCAAGUCAAAAAAACGGGCCCAAGAUCUCUUAACAGAGUUAAGAUCCCUUCUUCCUGCACCGCAUUUAUCGGAUAUUUUGACCCUUGAUGAUGAGUUCAUCAAAGGCCUUGAACAGAUGAUGAAUCAAUUGGGGCCGGUUAGAUCAAAGAGACUUCCAAUUUUUGAGGAGAUUUCUUCAUUUAGAGAUCAGUUAGCAUGUUAAGUUUCCAGUAUGUACAGAUUUGGUCAUACUUAUUCCUUUUGUUUAUCGCCUGUUUCUUUUCUUUAA